AUGUCGGAUGCUCUUCCUCCACCAACCGGUCCAACCUUCGACGUGCGGUUAAUCUAUGGCCCUCUUCUCGUCGGUAUCUUCUUCAACCUGAUACUGUAUGGAGUGACAGUGACUCAACAACUCAACUACUUGCAAUCGUCGCGGCGCGAUGCUGGAUGGCUCCGCGCUUUCGUCUGGACCAUCUUCAUCAUUCUAACUGCCAAUACCGGAUUCGAUAUGUGGAUAAUGUACGAGCCACUCAUCCUUCAUUACGGUGCAAUGCCCGGCAAAUUGCCCACUGCAUUCGUGACGCAGCCACUCUCCGUUGUGCUUGUUGGUUUUCCGGUUCAGGUAUUCUUCAUCUGGAGGAUAUGGACACUAGGUCAAGUGAAAAUCAUCCCCUUGAUAAUCUCUCUCUUUGCUCUUGUCUCCCUUGCUGGGGGCAUUUGGACAACUGUCAUGGUCCCAAUUGUGGCUGAAUUCCGCAACAUCCCGCAAUUGUACCGCUCCGCUGAGGUCUGGCUCAUAGCGUCAGCUGUGACAGACCUCGCUAUUGCGGUCUCUCUUGCAGCAGUAUUAAGGUCCAAGAAAACUGGGAUUGGCGCGACGGAUGGGAUUGUGGACAAGAUCAUUCGAAUGACGGUUCAAACAGGACUGAUAACUGCCCUUUGCAGUGUUCUGGACGUUAUUUGCUUCCUCACACUUCAAGGGGAAACGGUCAACUUCAUCUGGAACAUCCCACUCCCGAAGCUCUACGCAAUCUGCCUCCUGUCGACGCUUAAUGCUCGUGAAACAUUCCGCAGCGCCUUCAGCGAUGCUCGAGGUGCUAUCAGCACGAGUGCUGAGUUGAGACCGAAGCAAAAUGUGUUCAGCAAGCCGCAGUUCAUGGAUUAUAAGGGCACUGGCUCCUUAGCAGAGGAUGACCGCAAUAUGGGGCCCUCGGAGCUUGGAAUUCGCAUGACAAAGGUUGUAGAGAGGGUCUGA